GUCAAAUUUUAAAAAGUCAAAGUUUUUGAAAUUGUUGACGGAACGGUUUUUUUGUUUAAAAAUAUUAUUUAUUCUAGUGUUUAAAUAAUAUAGAAUAAAAUAUCACAUCUAAAAGAGUUGAAACAAAGGAAAGAAAGAUGCCAGCAGUAUAUACGUUUUCACGAAGCGAUAACGAAAUUCUUCAGGAGUUAUUGCGAGUAUUCAGUUCUGGUCGUGGUACAGCUCGCGAACAAUGGGGCAUGCAAGCUGAACUGCUAGUAGAGCCGAUCGGAUGGGACGCGCUAUGGAAAUUGUCCAAAGAUUUCUGUAAAAAAUUUGAAGUGAGAUUCCCAUGUGUAGCCUAUGUAACAGUAACAUCAGUAGAUUUUGAAAGUCUGUCAGCUUGUGUAGAAGUGCUCAGUGUGCAGCAUGAAGCCGUAUCAUUGCCGGAAGCAGUUGGAGAUGUUCCAUUAAUAGAACUCUGGCCCACAGUUGCACAGAGGGAACAAUGUGUCAAUGCAGCUACAACUGCAGAGUUCUUAGAUCUAUUACGUUUCUUCUAUAAUGAUAUUUGGAUGCCAUGGGAUGAUGACCAAGAUAAAGUCUUGCUUCCAAAUACAAUUCAAGACAGAAUGCAACUCUGGUCUGAAAUACACAAUGGUACUAUCCCAAACUGUGUGGCUCGUUCCAUAUUACUGUUAAGGAAUAGUGCAAUAAGUGCUCAUGAAAAGUUGAAAGAGUUGGAUACUUCUCUGUGCGAACUUGAUAUACCUGAUGAAGAUGAUUCAUUACUACCUCCAAGCUACAUAUCUCUGUGUGCAGAGAUGAACGCGCGGUUAGAUGGGCUAAUGUCGAAAUGGACACUCUACGAGAAUCCGCUAAUUAGAGAACAGUACUUGGCCAAAGCAAAAAGUAAAUGGCAAAAGAACAAGAAUAAAAAGCAUGUCAUUGCACUUUGGCAGGGUGGUUCGCCGCUCGAGUUCAAUGAAAUAUCCAAAUUCUUGCGUUCUCGACUGUCAAAUGAGCACACUCUGACCAUGAUGGUCUCGGCUGAGGAGGGACUAGCACUGGAGCCUGAAGAGUUGGUGGUUUGCAGUAAAGUGUAUGAAAUUCCCGAGAUGCCACUAUCACAGAUAUCUGUGUGUAGUUUGAAUGGUUCGACGCUGAAAGCUGCUGAUAUGAGGUCAUGUUUAUUUAUGUUAAGCGAAGAGUGCAGAUUGCGCGAACUGACCCUCCACUGCGCGCUUGUGAACACAAUUGUAGUGAUGCGAGCGGGCACGCUACACAUCAGCGAUUGCACGUUUUUAGAUGACUCUGAGAAUUCACAGAGGGAUUUCGCACAAGGAAUUGUGGCGAUGUCUGGCGCUAACAUACUAUUAGAAAACUGUACAUUUGUUAAUUUUUAUUCAGCUAUUGUUGUACACAAGGGUGCUAAAGUUGAAUUACGCAAGUGCCUAAUAAAGGAAUGUGAUGUUGGUGUGCAGAUGUACUCUGGCUCCACAGUAACCAUAAACAGCACCACAAUAACUAAUUGCACCGAGAAUUGCAUACGAUGUGAAGUGGACAGAAAUACUACGGUCAAACAGAACAUAAUGGAAGGAUUGCAAGUAAUGUCGAACUGCACAAUUGGCUCUGGCAACUUACAAAAAGAAAUAUUGGUCGUUCAGCAAGAUUUCGAUUUAUUGUAGCUCUUAAAACCACGUAAUAAGGUAUAUUCAAAUUAAAAUGCAACUUGUAUGAUAUGAAAGAAUUGUAUAAAAUGUAAACAGCUAAAAUAAUAAAAUACAAACGAGACCCUUCUAAGGGAGCGUCCAAUGAUUACGUGAGCUUGAGAUGGGAGUGGAAGAGAUCUGGAAUCUCAUUUAAGUAUGUGGGGAAGCAGGUCAAUGAAUUUUCAUUAAUAUUCAGUGCAUUUUUUUUUCUUCUUUAACUGCAAUAACUAAUCGAAGCAAAAAUACGUCAACAAAUGUUAUUAAUCUCUUAUUUAAAGUCUCAAAGGAUCAUCUCAAGGACAUCUCAAGUGUCCUACAAACUUUGUAUUUUUUCCCAAUGUCCUCUACCCAAAGAUUGUCUGGAGAGAUAGCUUAGUGAUAAGGUCCACUUUUGUAGCACUUCUCAUUAAAAUUCACUGUAGUUAUUAUUUUAUAAAUGUUGCAAUAAAGUGUAAAAUUAAUAAAUAAACUACUUAUUAUUUUUAAUAGCAAACAGUAAUAAGUUUUAUAUAAAGUCAUUUUAUAUAAUCACUUGUGAUAUUUCACACAAAUAUUCGCUGUGAAAACGAAUAGUUAUGUCAUCAUACGAUAAUUAAUAAAUAGCAUUCAUAAUCUACGCCUAUUGAAUUAAACUUCUGUGUUUGUAUUGCGUGGCGUCGAGUUACUACUUUCUACCGCGUAAUGCGACCGAGAGUAUCCAGUUUGAUGUAUUGGCGAUCUGUCGCGGAUGACGUUAUGACGACGGCGACUGAAGUUACGUUAAACACAGAUUCAUUACACAUAUUAUGUACGUCUAUCAAAACACGUCGGUUUUUCAUAUAAAGAAAUCGUAUUAAAUAAUACCAAUAUUGUGCAGGAAGUAUAUCGUUUUAUCGAUUAGUACCUUUAGAUACCGAUAAUUUCAAGUAGAUACCCUUCUGAUUUUUUCCAGAAGAUUGUAGUAGUUAAUUUGGCAAUAUAUAUAUGUAUAUAUGUAUAUGUAUAUAGCACUUGUUGAUGCAUUUAUAAAUAUUAUGAGCAAGGGUGGACUUAGCUCUGACAGAGAUCUCUUCCAGUCAACCCAUAAAUUUCUAAUAAUAUUUAGAAUACAUAAACAAAUAUAUGUAUAUAAUAAACGAUAACACAAAAAAUUAUAGGGGGCCUUACCGCUUAAAGGAUCUCUCUCAGUAAAUACAUAAAUAAGUAAUCCGUAAAUAUAACUGCGCUCCCUUGUUCGCGUGUACUAUAAUAAAGUUUCAUCACAAUUAAAAUAAAAUUAUUUCAUGUUGAUGCUGGAGAUAUUUAUAAAAGAUAAAAUAAAUAAUACACAAUGUUUUUUACACUUUUUUAUUAAGCCGCCUGUUAAUAAUUACAAUUAAUACUUGAUAAGACAAUUAUCUCAGAAUUAAUCGUUACCCGACUACUGCGAAGUAAAAAGAAGGAUUAUUUAAACUGUUUAUUGCCAUUAUUUGUCCAUAUUUGGCUCAAUUUAUUGUGAAAAUUUCCACAUAAUCAAUGUGAAAGUUUUUAAAAUAAAAGCUAAUAUCCACGGUACAGUAUCAAAUAUUCUAGAUUCCACGAGACAGGUUAAUACUAUUGAGGACUUUUAAGACCAAAAAAGGAAUAGGACCUAUUGUGCAUUGUUUAUUGAGGAAAGAAAUCAACCAUCUUUUCUAUGGAUUCCAUGUAUUCUAUUGUCAGUUUUAAUAUUAAAUGUAAAAGAGAGUUAAUUUGUUACAUUUUAUCUUAACGUCUAAACCAAUCGCCAUGAGACUGACGAUGAGAACGACAUGUAUUUCCUAUUAUUCCAUAUUCCUGAUAAAUUUAUCCAGUUACGCAGACGAAGUCGCAGGUAAAGAUUAGUUUUCAAUAAACACUUUUGUAAAAGUCCAUGCACACUUCACGUAAUGAAUUAAUUAAUGAUAGUUUUUUUUUUUUAUUUAAAUAUCUGUGUUGUAUAAAAUAUUUCUAUUAUGUCCAUUUAUUACAAAUGUUGCCAUUAACCAAACAUUGUUGAAAGUAUUAUAAAAAAGGAAAUAAAUGUUGAUAAAAAUAUA